AUGGCGAAGAACUGGGCAUUCAUCUUCCAAAUGAGAAUGUCUACUCCUGGAAUGCCGAUCGAUAUAUCGACGAAAUUUCGAGUAUCCUCUAAUUUCGAUUUUUUGACCAGCAAGGCAUUGAAUCACUUCCAGGGGGCACUCCUGGGUGGAGCUUGCGAGGACUGUCAUUUCAAGGACGAUCAGUCCGGAUUUGACCGAUAUCGACAUUCUCGCCAACGCCUAUUUCAUAUUAAUGGAAAAGGGCCCAUCUAA